UUUGAAAUCAGAUCUUGAGUGGAGUUAAAUUAAUUUUCAUUUUCGCAAUGAUGUUUUAUUCUGUCAUCCUGCUGUGUACAUGUUUUGUAAGCUUCAGUCAAGCUUGGUUUGAAAAUUGUGACUUAAAGUAUGAUGUAACAGGAUCGACUUCAAAGAUUUUAGUAAAUGCCAAUUAUCCUGGAUAUUAUCCUUCGGGAAGCUCCUGUAAGUGGCAGAUUUCAGCUCCAACAGGAUAUUUUGUUCAACUUCACUGCGUUUACAACUUAACGACUUAUCCUACGGAAUGUCCAUCACAAAGACUUUACGUGUCAAGAGAUGCUGACCCCAACUUGGAUAAUUCGGAAUUUUUCUGCGGGUAUUCUGAGUUUACAAAAGAGAGUUUUGGAAAUGACAUCACGUUCGGUUACACGUCAAACUUUGAUGGAAACGGAUGGUUUUACUGUGAAGCGAAAGCUGUGUUAAGAACUCACGAAAAUUGUCAUUGUGGUUGGAGUAGAACUGGAAGAAUCAUCGGAGGUUCAUAUGCGCUUCCUAACGAAUUCAUUUCAAUGGUUGGAAUUGUUGACGUCUCAGAUCAGAACAAUGUAAAUGGACCAAUCUUCUGCGGUGGAGCGAUAAUUAGCGAGAAUUUUGUUCUCACUGCGGCUCAUUGUUUCAAUGUUUAUCGACCUGUAUCAGUCAUCUUCUCACUGGUUGGUGAUCAUGACAUCUCUAGAGGCGAUGACACUCCUUAUGCUGAGCUUUAUGAGACACAGAAAAUUAUCAUUAACAACAAUUACAUUCCUGAAUCUGAUGAUCAAAAUAGCGACAUUGCUUUGAUUCAAACCGCACGUUCAAUCAAAUGGAAACGAACAAUUGGACCAGCUUGCUUGCCUUAUCCUUACUUUUCUUAUGACACUUACUUCGACGGAUAUCCAGUAAUUGCGCUUGGAUGGGGAAGCACGGAGUUUGCUGGACCUUCAUCAUCAAUAUUGAAGAAGACUUCUUUGUAUGUUGUUGAUAGCGAUAGUUGCAAUGACAUUUAUGGUGAUAUCAACAGUGGAAAAAUUUGCACGCAUGCUCAAGGAACCGACACAUGUCAAAGAGAUUCCGGUGGAAGUUUAUAUUGGACUUACGGGGGAAAUCAAUUCACCAUCGGCAUUGUAAGUUAUGGUUUGGACUGUGCAUCUAAAUAUCCAGCUGUAAACACUCGAGUGACUAAUUACAUAACAUGGAUCGAACAGCAAGCGCCUGGAGCUUUCUUCUGUAAGAAAUAUUUUUUCUAGACUUUCAUCUGAAGUCACAAAGAACAACAACAAAAAAAUGAAUGAAAGUUUGAAAACAUUUAAUAAGCCAAUAAAAUUUAUUAUGGAAAUAUGGUUUAGUGAAGCAGCGUGAAAUAAAACUUACAACCUUUGUUGCAU